AUGGCGACCACAGCAUCUAGAGAAUCCAGGAGAAGGAAGAUCGUGGAAAGAGGAGCCGACCGCUUGGCUCUCAUCACGGGUCGGAUCGAUACGCUCCCAUCCGGAUCCUCUCGCAAUCCGGUCAAAAACAACGACUCAUCCGAGCCGUUGGUUUCCCAUGGAUCCCCUCCCCAGCCCUCCGAUCACACCGCUGCAGUGUUUCCUAACGGGGACGGAGGUGUGGACUCUACAUUGAUAUCUCCUGAUCAAACGACUGAUGAUGCUAGCCAUGGGGGAAGUCAUGUAGAAACUCCUUCCCUGCUGGAACAGGGGGCUGGGAUCGAAGCUGCUCGAGCUUCAGUAAUUUUUCCCAAUGGGAAGGAUGGAGGUGCGGGCUCCACUUUGCCAUCUCCUGGUCUAACAGCUGAUGAUGCUGGCCUUGGGGGAAGUCACGUAGAAACUCCUCCCCAGCCAGAACAGGGGGCUAGGAUUGAAACUGCACGAGCUUCUGCUUCCGACUUCAGCAGCAAUCUGCAGUCAUCAUCAUUGUCAUCUGUGGAUCGGAGGUCAACUGUGUCCAAUGCCGCAACCGAGCAACACCCACGACAAAGGACGAUGCAAACUAAAUUUCCGACUCCAAAUCAAGUAUCGGGAGCCAUUGCCGCAACUGAGAGAUCACGCAUGUUGUGCUCUGUUGUUGUUGCAUUCUUAGUCGUCUUAUCAUAUAGAGGAUUCCCUUUCCUAGGCAGCAGCAUAGUGAGGAGUAUAACGGGUUUCAGGCCUUUUUAUCUUGUUUUUUUGACCAAUCUAACACUUGUGCUCGUUCGGGUUCUUUUCAAUGAUCAAAGAGGUUCUCAAAGGGUCGCUAGGGCAGAAUAUCAAGUUCCUUCAACUGGCCAAUAUAAUUGGGCUCUACAGGCAGGUAAUGCUUUGGAGAUGGGCUUGGUGGUUCAAAAAGCAACUGAUGCGGUUUUCAUGGAUUUCAGUAUUUAUGCAAUCACACUCAUCUGUGGUCUCUGCUUAGUGUAG